CAACAUUCAAAUAUUCAGUUGAUAAACUUGAAAGUUUACAUGCUAAAUACAACCAUGUCAUCCAGUGGAACAUUUAAUUUUUCAACACUUGAAGAAGGUGAUCCAUACAAUUCAGUUGAACGUAAAAGUAAUAUUAAUUGCAAUAGUUUUACAAAUUGUGUACGUGUUAUACUCUACAUUGAAUUAAUAAUAUUCAUUGGUAUAUUUGGAUUCUUUUUUAUUGAAGGCGUCAUAUGGGAAUUACAUCGGCCUUAUCCAACAAACCUUAACGACGAUUUAAGUGAAAUUGAAAAUAUAACUGAAAAAAUAUUAAAUAACAAUAACAAUACAUUGUAAUAAUUAAAAAUAUAUAUUGAUUUUUGUAAAUAAUAUAGUUAUAGAUAAAUAUUAAAUAUAUAUCAAUUAUUAUCUCAAUCGUCACGUUGUAUCAAUAUGACCCUAGAUGAUAUAAAAUGUUUUUUUUUAUACAACAGAUAAUGGGAGUAUUAAAUAAGCAUAAAAUAAUAAAAUUAUAGCAAUUGUAAAGUAUCAUUCAAUCGAUAAAGUUGAACAGUAAAAUGACUCCAAUAAUUGAAGAAAAAAUUUUAAAUGAUAAAUAUAUAUCAAUUGAAGAAGGACAACCAAUAAAUGUUGUUUUGAAAAAAGAUAAAAAUAAUUAUUCACGUUUUAUUGGUUCAAUUAAAAUUGUACUAUUUUUACAAUUAAUUAUUGCAAUUGUAUAUGUGAUGCCAACUUUGAUAAAUUUUAAAAAUGAAAAAAUUGAAGAUGUUAAACUUGAAUCGAUGACUGUCAAUGAUCAUAUUGAUGAAAAAUUAUUAGAAAAUAUUUCGAACAAUUUAUUAAACGACAAUUUAAUGUUGGAUACAAUUAUGCCUGUUGAGAUUGAUACAUUGCUGUAGUAAUAAUUAAAAAUAUAUAUUUGUUUUUGUAAAUAAUAUACAGUUCAAAGUGUUUUUUUUUCAUUUAAAAAAAAAUGCAUUGAUAAACAACAACAACACACUGAAUUGAAUACAAAUAUUUUUUUAUCUAUUGAUCCAAGAAAUUUCUCGUUGUCAAAGUUACCAGGAUAAUGUAAAAAGAAAGACUUAAAAAUAAUUUAUUCAUAGAAUUUUAUAAACUUUGUCAAACAUGAAUCUAUCAAAACAAAAUAAAUUGUUCACCAGUUAUCGAGAUUCCAUCAAAGAAAAAUAAUAAUCUUAUUGUAUAUAAAUAUAUAUUUUUUUAAUAAAAAAUUUUACAUAUUAAGAGCGUCAUUAUAUUUUUCCAAUAAUAAUAAUGAAAAAGUACAAAAAAUCAUAACAAAAAAUAACAAUGUCAUUUGAUAAAUAAGAUUUGUUUUAUAUUUUUUAAAUUUAAAUUUUCUUAUUAUAAAUUAUUAACGUAUUGUUAAUUUAUAAUUUAAACAAUAUCGAUUUUGAUAAAGUCAUGUUAUAGAGUUUUAUAAAAUACACACAAGAUUGGACAUACCCCUAAUGACUUCCUGAAAUUUAUAAACACUUUGAAUAUUUAAUGAAAGACCUCAUUCAACUCAUCUUUCUCUCACCAAUUAUAACAAUACAACACCAAAAUGUUGAUAGUUAAAUAAUUAUACAAUUGAAUAGUAAAAUUAUAUUGAUUAAAUUGUCCUAUUCAAUAUCGAUUUAAAUAAAACACGAACUAUGGAAAUACAUUGUCAAUAUGUCUGUUACCAUGCAAACGCACUGGAGUAUCAGGAUAAUAAUUAAAAAAAAAAUUUAUGAAUAAAAACAAAGAGAAAAAAAAUUAAAUGAUAAGAAUAUGAAGAAUAAGCAAAAUGUAGAAAAUGAAUAAAUCGUAUAAUAGGUGUGGUUCAUGGUGUUUUAAUUCGUACCAACACUCCAUCAAUAUCAGUUAUUUAUCAAAAAAAAAAGAAAGAAAAAUGAAAAAAAAAAAAAAAUGGGAAGGGUUUUAGAUUUUUAGUCAGUCAAG